CUGCAGGAAGUGAGAUGGUCUUCUUUUGCUGUAUUCUGAAGAUAAUUUGCUUCAGACAGGAGAUUUUUGGGUGUUUGCUGAAAUUUUGGAGAUCUGGGAAAAUGGGGGUAAUAACAUGACACCAGUUCUUAAGCAGCAACAUCUGCUGUGGUUCAAAGCCACACAAAGAAAGCUGCUUAAGCAGUUGAGUGUUUUGGACUGCACGGACAAGUGUGGUUCAACUGCAAAGACUGCAGAGCAAAAAAUUUAAAGUUUCAAGAAGUUGUUAAAAAAUGGAGUCGUGGAAGAUGAGCAUCUUUAAGAGACAAACAUCACCAUGUCCUCCAAGCUAUCGAAGAUCUUUUUCAGAACCUGCUUAUGCACACUCAGAGAUAGGAGCAAGCUUAAAGAGUUACACAUGGCGCGGUCCAGUGAAAAGCAAGAGGAAGAAAAACGAGCAGGCUGUUUCCAGUCUAGGAAAGCCACUGGGUGCUUAUCGGUGGCAAACACACCCCAGCUUAAGGUUGAAAGGGGGCAAAAGGGAGCAAUUGGAAAAUAAUAAAGGAGACUUGGAUGAACCACAACAACAAGCGGUCCUGCCAAAGAUGGUUGGGGAUAAUAUUUCUUCCUCUGGCAACGAAGUCCUUGGAACAUCAAUGGAGAAGCAGAACCUGGUAAACACUCGGUCACUUCGGGUUCCAUUCAGCAGAUCUCUUUCAGAGCCAGAACCCCGCUCCAGUGUCAGAUUUGUUAGACGGUGGCCGACUUCAGUGGGGUCAGUGGAGUCUGAGCAGCAGGGAUAUUUCAUCCGUGGCAUUUUCUCUACUCUUUCCAAUGGCUUCUCCAGGAUGCUGAGUCUAAAAGGAGAGUCAACCAAUGAGCCAGUAAGAGAAGAUGUGAAAGGGCCACCUACCCACCGUCUGUCUUGUGGCCAGUCACCCUACACCGACACGACAACAUGGGAGCGGAAGUACUGCAUCCUCACAGACAGCCAGCUGGUGUUGCUCAACAAGGAGAAGGAGAUCCCCGUGGAGGGAGGACAAGAGCAGCAGAUGGAUUCCACCAAAGGGCGAUGCCUGCGGAGAACUGUCAGUGUUCCUUCCGAGGGUCAGUUUCCUGAAUACCCGCCAGAGGGCGCCGCUAAACUGG